UCAUUAAGGUGAGCUCUUUGUCCCAGAUCGACGUCCUUUUCUUGUAUGCUCGACCCCUCUCUGCACCCCUUGCUUAUGUUUCUUCUCGCAUGAAUGAAUACCUCAUCUCCGUAGGUGCCCCCUCGACAAGCCAGAACACUUGAGAAAUUACACCGCCUGCUGCUCAACCGGAUCCGUCUUCCGCAUUCCUUCUAGGGAAGAGGACGCCGGCAGCAUGAUCUCAGUGGCAACCACCAUGGCAGCGGGACGCGAAGGAUCCGAUUCUAACAGCAUCGUUAAUUGGGUUAGCUUCGCCCCCUGCAUGGCGACCACCUCCAACACCUCCACCCGAUACAAAGGCGUCAUGCUGCAACAGAACGGACACUGGGGCGCGCAGAUCUACGCUCACGGUCACCGCAUCUGGCUCGGCACCUUCAAGUCGGAGCAGGCGGCGGCAGCUGCUUACGACAGCGCGGCUAUCAAGCUCCACCAUGGCGACUCGCACCGCAACCUCCCCGCGACCCCGCUCACCGCCCACGAGCACAAGUUCCAGGAGACGUUCACCACCGACGAGGUGCUUGACAUGAUCAAGAUGGGAUCGUACGAGUCACGGAUGGAGGAAUACGUUAGGCGACACGCCAUUGCAGCAGCCGCUGUCAAGGCGGCGCCGAGGCCGAGCCUCCCUCACGCUGGCACAAGCGGCAAUGUGGCUUUCCUGGAGAUGUUCCUCAAGGAACUGACGCCAAGCGACGUCGGGAAGCUCAACAGGCUGGUCAUACCGAAGAAGCACGCGACCAAGUACUUUCCACAGGUGGCUUCGGUGACGGCCGAUGAGGUGAUGGUCGAGUUCGUGGACCGAGAAGACCGCUCGUGGACAUUCCGAUACUGUUACUGGAAGAGCAGCCAGAGUUACGUCUUCACCAAGGGCUGGAAUAAGUUUGUGAAGGAGAAGAGACUUCAGGCCAAGGACACGGUGGCAUUCUAUAGGUGUGAGGAGAGGGAUGGACUCCGGAGAACGUACUGCUUGAUCGACAUCAUUCGGUGCAGUGGCGACGGUCAUCGCACUAGUGGUUUUAGUUGGAGCAAGAACGGGGCGGUGGGACUGGGACUCAGCUGUAAGAGGAAGCCGGAAGAGGGAGACGAGGAAGGCAAUCGCACUAGCGGUUUUAGUUGGAGCAAGAACGGGACGGUGGGACUGGGACUCGGUUGUAAGAGGAAGACGGAAGAAGGAGACGAGGAAGGCGAUCGCAGCAGCGGCUAUAGCGGGAGGAGCGGGAAUGGGGCAAUGGGACUGGGACUCGGUCUGAAGAGGAAGACGGUAGAAGGAGACGAGGAAGGCGAUCGCAGCAGUGGCUUCAGCGGGAGCAGGAGUGGUGCGAUGGGACUGGGACUUAGUUUUAAGAGGAAGACGAAGGAGGAAGAUGAGGUAGGAGAGGUAGUAUCAGGGUUAGCGGUGACUCAGAAAUCAUCGGAAGCACGACAGCAGGAGGAAGAGGAGCAGGAAAAGAGGAAGAAGAGGUUGAGAUUGUUCGGUGUCUCGAUCACUGACACAAAUGAUAGGGGAUGAACAAGAACACGCUUGGGCACGUACUGAUCUUAAGAUCCUCCUCUCCCCUCUGUCGAUUACUCGAUGGUGUUUGCUGCUUAGGUUAUUGCGAAGCACCGACUUGCUUAUGGUAUGGUUUAGAUGGAGCCUUGUUUCAUGUUGUUACUUCCUUUCAAUGUGAAGGCUUGUAAUAGGCUGUAGUAUUUUAUGAAGAACUGACUUUGUUCUUUAAUCGAGCGUAGCUCCUUUUGUCCGUCCUCUAUAUUCGAUACUUUUUAUUCUGUAUGGCUCUAUUAUGUCUCGGGAGGACUAAUAUUUAUUG